AAUUUAUUCCCACGACCCCCAACAACCCGCGACAAGGAAAGGCAGCACCAGCAGCACAGCCCGCUAUCCGUCGCUCGUCUGCAAAAAUGGCUGCUAUCAACAAGAUCGCCCUCAACUCGCCCUCGAGGCAGAACCCCUCCGAGCUGGAGAACGCGAUCGCCGGCGCUCUCUUCGACUUGGAGAGCAACACACAGGACCUGAAGGCCACCCUUCGUCCUCUGCAGUUCGUCUCUGCCCGUGAGGUUGAGGUCGGCCACGGCAAGAAGGCUGUCAUCAUCUUCGUCCCUGUCCCUCUCCUCCAGGGCUUCCACAAGAUCCAGCAGCGCCUGACCCGUGAGCUCGAGAAGAAGUUCUCCGACCGCCACGUCCUCUUCGUUGCUCAGCGCCGCAUCCUGCCCAAGCCCAAGCGCUCUGUCAACUCCCGCACCACCCAGAAGCAGAAGCGUCCCCGUUCCCGCACUCUGACUGCUGUCCACGACGCCAUCCUCGGCGACCUGGUCUACCCCGUUGAGAUCGUCGGCAAGCGCAUCCGCACCAAGGAGGACGGCAGCAAGACCCUCAAGGUCAUCCUGGAUGAGAAGGAGCGUGGUGGUGUUGACCACCGUCUCGAUGCCUACGGCGAGGUCUACCGCCGUUUGACCGGCCGCAACGUCGUCUUCGAGUUCCCCCAGAGCAGCGCCUCUGACUUCUAGAUGCCAAUUUUUCUCCCUUAUGUCCUUUUAAAGUCUUCUAUAUUUUUCCUGUGAUUAGGCCAAUGAGAGAAAAAUAAGUCUGGGAUUUUCGAGAACAAGAA